AUGAUAUUCAUCUUCACUGUUCAAGAAAAGUUCACCAUCAACACCAGUUAUCUCAGGCUGCCCAUAGCUGAGAAAGAAUUCCACAGACGUCAGGAAGUAGGUACACUAUCAACCAGUUUGGCCCAAAAGCUCAGGAAAGGGGACAAGAUACUAGUUAUUGGAAUUGGGCGUGGUAGCCUUACCAGACAGUCACCACCCCAGUCGUCGCUCGUACAGCCGUCACCACGCCAGUCGUCGUCGCUCGUACAGCCGUCACCACCACAGUCGUCGUCGCUCGUACAGCCGUCACCACCACAGUCGUCGACGCUCGUACACCCGUCACCUCCUCAGUGGGAGUCGUUCGUACAGCCGUCACCACCCCAGUCGUCGCUCGUACGGCCGCCACCAACCCAUUCGUCGUCGCUCGUACAGCCGUCACCAGUCCAGUCGUCGCCGCUCGAACAGCCGUCACCUCCUCAGUCGUCGUCGUUCGUACAGCCGUCACCACACCAGUCGUCGUCGCUCGUACAGCCGUCACCACACCAGUCGUCGUCGCUCAUACAGCCGUCACCACACCAGUCGUCGUCGCUCGUACAGCCGUCACCACCCCAGUCGUCGCCCCUCGAACAGCCGUCACCUCCUCAGUCGUCGCCGCUCGUACAGCCGUCACCACACCAGUCGUCGUCGCUCGUACAGCCGUCACCUCCUCAGUGGGCGUCGUUCGUACAGCCGUCACCAGCACAAGCGUCGCUCCAACAGUCACCACCACAGUCGGAACAGAAACAAGCCACAUCUUCAAAUGAUUUAGUCAUCGCCACCUGCACAGCCGUCACCUCGACAGCCGCCACCUACCCAGAUGACCUCCCGCCACCACCUGCACCAUAUGAACAUGGACUCUUCCUACCCCCCUUGGAAGGUGAACUUCAUUGGUCUCCCCUGCCACCGCCGCCACUGGAAAUGUCUGUGCCUCUGCCUUCCUCACCUCGUGGCUUCAACCCCCCCUUUGACGUCAUCAACCCACGAAACUCCCGCCACAACGCCGUCGUCUUCCAGGUCCGUCUUUGGUAG